UCGUGCAUAACGCGGGAAGCGGCAGUAACACGUAGCAAGCGAGGCGCUGGUGGUGCGGCGGAGAGAAAAUUUUCCAAUCGAGGUGGGGGUUGAAAGGAGCCUCAAGUUUUCAUCACGUUCAGUGUUGUGUGAACUACUGACUGCUCUCCACUCGCCGCACACAAUUCAUCGCAUUCCUCUCGCUGCAAUCGAAGAGCCGCGUGCAUGUGAUGAGAAGCGCAGCAGCCUGAUGAUGUUGCUGGGCUCGACGAUGAAAACGUCCACCACCGCAAGCUUGGAAUCAGCAAGAAUCGCCCUGCAGGCCUCCGAUGCACUCAAGGUGCAGCCCAAGGCCUCAAACUUCACCAUUGACGCCAUCAUGGGCUGCUGCAAGAAAGGAGGCGUCGAGAAGAUAGUUGAAAGGAGCAAAUCCCCCACAGGCUUUGAAGACGAUGAUGAGGAUGUGGACGUAGAAGAAUGCUCCGAUGGAGAGGCUGGUGACCGCCAGCAGAGCAGCUCAUCCAGUCCGCUGCGGUCCAAGCCUGCAUCGGUGGAGCCAGACAGCGGCAGCGAAGGGCCCGGCUCGCCUGCUUCGGCGGUGUCGCGGCGCCGCAAGCGUGCGUCCGGCUCACCAUCCAGCACGCCCGCCAUCCCGGAGUUCUGCAACAGCCCUGAGCUGUUUGGCAUCGAGUGCAGACUCGAGACCAAAGACCUGUGGGACAAGUUCCACGAUCUCGGCACCGAGAUGAUCAUCACAAAGACUGGAAGACGCAUGUUUCCGACGCUCAGGGUGUCGCUGAGCGGCGCGACGCGACCCGAGCAGAGGUACGCGGUGUUACUGGACAUCGUGCCCGUGGACGGCAAGCGCUACCGCUACGCAUACCAUCGCUCGUCCUGGCUGGUGGCGGGCAAGGCGGACCCCCCAGCGCCCCCUAGGCUUUACAUGCACCCUGACUCGCCCUUCACAGCUGACCAACUUAGGAAGCAGGUCGUCUCAUUCGAGAAGGUCAAACUCACCAACAACGAAAUGGACAAAAACGGACAAAUUGUCCUCAACUCUAUGCACAGAUAUCAACCGAGAAUUCACUUGGUUAAAUGGCGGGAAAACGGAGCUCCAAUAACCAAUCUUGAAAAUGAAGAGUACAGAACUUACGUGUUCCCUGAAACCGUCUUCACUGCUGUGACUGCCUACCAAAAUCAGCUGAUAACGAAAUUAAAAAUCGACUCAAACCCAUUUGCCAAAGGCUUCCGUGACUCUUCAAGACUAACUGACUUCGAUAGAGACCCAAUGGAGGGUUUGUUCCUGGAGCAGCAUUUCCUUAGAUCUCCCAUGCGGCUGUACCCAGAGCUGGACGUGGACAACAACAAUCAGCUGUACCACCCAACGCUGACGCAAGCCACCAUGGACAAGCGGCUACAGAUGAUGUGGGGUGCGGUUGCAGCAGCCGCGGCUGCCCAGCAGCAGCAACAGCCACACCACCUGGUUGGUAGGAGCAGCAGUUCGCCUGCGUCGCCUGCCUCCCCUCCUCGCACGACCACGGCACCCUCAGGGCCACCGGCCUCGCACGCCGACCUGCAAGCUUUUCUGGCCGCGGCCGCUUCGUCUGCACCCAACGGCCACCGGCAGGCCACAGGUCUGCUUCCCCCGCACAUCUGGCCGCAGUGGUCAAGCGCCCCUCCCCUCCACUCGCUGGCGGGAGCGUGCGACCUGCGGCUGCCAAGGCCGGUCUUCCCCCUCCACCCGCGGUUCAGCCCUUACCUGAUCCCGUCGAAGCCCAACUCGGCGCUGUCGGCUUCUUGCUCGACGCCCCCCUCCGUGCAGAUCCCCUCAGCCGGACACUCUCCCACCCCCGACUCAACACCCUCUCCUAGAGAGUAGAGGAACGCAACGCACAUGAUAUGUUUCUAUGUUGAUGGACUUCAAUUCAGGUGAAGCUGUGUACUUAAACAUAAAAAUCAAAGAGAGAAGAGAGGACUCUUAGUUCCCAAAAUGGUCUGAACAUUUUUGUUCUUUGCGCUUUGGAAACUGUGUGGUGACGUAUUACCUACCCUAUAAACUUGUUCUCUGCAAUUGAAGUUAACCUUCUAAGAAUGGUGAUGGCCAACUGCUACGUUUCUUUCUAUGCAAGAAAUGAUAUGGGAAGGUUAUUGUCUAGUCAGAAAUGAAGUUUGCUCGAGCGUAAAGUAUGCAGUUUGGGAAUAAAUUUGUAUUUCAUGUAUAUAAUCUCAUUAGGAAUUUGUUGAAUUUUUAAAUUCUUGCUCACUGUUCUCUACUGCCUGCUUUAUUAAAAAUCAAAUCAAUUUGGUUGCUUCUACUUCAUCAUGCUCAAAGGGGCAUCAAUGAUUCAACUAACCAUCAUUUGUGUUGAUGAACCUGCAAAACGUCGCCAUACACUUUACCUAUAGCCAAAAAGUACACGUGUUCUGGACUAAGACAAAAUGUAAUGUGUGUCCAUCUGGUGCUUAAUUUUAGAAAUUCACAAUUUAUUAUUUGUCUGAAUGUGCAUCCUUAAACCACCGCAAUCACUGUCAUUAUUCAUCGUAUUUAUUGUGAUGUUAUUUUUUAUAUAUUCCACAAGGCAGUUAAACCAAAGAUUGAUGUAGGUACCUUACCUGAAAACUGAACGCGGUGUGCGUGGAAGCGAGUGCGUGUUUCAGACCCUGUGUAAAUAUUACAAAUACAAAUACACACCCCGUCUCUAGCGCGAGUGUUAGCCAGGCGAAAAGCAAUUACCGGCAAGUCUAAUUGCUUCCUCUUGUGUGUUGUGCAUAAACGAAAUCGCGCCCGUAAAAGAGCGGAUUUGAUACACAUUAUGCCUGACGUGCAGUGUCUGCGUAUACAUAUAUGUGUAUCAUCAAAAACUUUUUGCAGUGACUGGGAUGAGGAAUUCAUAGUUUAUUACGUUUUGGUCCUUGUUAGGCGCUCGCAUGAUUAAAUUAAUUUUCAUUACGUUGGCCCGUUGGCGUUUAAUGAGUUUUGUUGCAUGACAAAACACACAGACAAUGCGGAGCUCAUCCUUUUUUACUGCCAUAGAAGUCUUGGAAGACGCUCCAUUGUCAUCAAUCAAGAGAUAAUUCCCGCAACGCGCCAUGCGUUUUCGCUAUCCGUGUAGUUCGUGUUCACUUACUUCAUUCGCUCAUUUUUUUUUUUGCAUUUGAACGGCAUCACGGUAAUAUUUGUUUUCACCGAACGGCUUUUCAAGUAAAGAAGAGUUCAAAAUUGUGAAAAUCAAUCAGUCUCUUAAACGCAAAGAACGAAAAAUAUUAGAAUGAAAAAGCUCAAGAAUCCACCGUUUCAGAACGAUUUAAUAUUAGUUCCUAUCAAAUUCAUUUCCCCUUGAAAUUAAACUUCAUGCAAGAAAUGGCCUCAUCCCAACUGCAUAACACGAAAUUUAUUGAUGUCUAUAUGAAUCUCCUUUUUGAAAACUGAAGCUCUCAUUUCUUAUCUUACACGGUUACUCCCAAUUGUGAUUGGUAUAUCAACCCCAGUAAGAUAAUCACUUCAUUAAAAAUCUCUAAUUAAAAAUGUUUGUGAUAGUUCUAACCGAGUGUAAACUUGUAACUGAAUCGCUGCCUGUCAACUCCUCACAAACAAUCAGUGACACGCAAAUCUAUUGCGGUUCCUUUUCCGGAAUAAUUCAUCAAAGAUCUGAAAUAAUAUAGGCGUGCGUCGAAUAGGAAUGCCUGGGCAAAUGAUUGUCAUUUCUAUAUUGUUGUAAUAAGUCAAAGAAUCGAUGUAAUAUGUCGCGCGGCACCCCUUUGAAGUGGGAGAUAUUAAAACGUCAUCGCUCGCCAAAACGUAACCUCUAUAAUCUCUCUCGUGGUGUAAUAAAAGAUAAAUAACUCAAUUCGUUUUAUUCUCUCUCUGUCUAAAUUGUACAAGAUGCAAAACAGAUGUGUAUAAUACCGCAUUACAAGUUGAUAAAAUAUAUAUUGCUCGCGCCUCGCUGAAGUGUAAAGGCACAACUGAGAAACAAAGGCGAUAAUAUAGAGAAAUGAGUGUAAAUAAAAGAAAACAUUCGAUACGACAA